GUUUCGAUAUUGUUCCAACCAUAGAAACUAUAUAACACUUAAACACUGUCUGCUUGUCUUAGAAAUGCCGUGACAAUAACUGGUAGGGUUGGCUAGAGUAGAACGGGAGGAAAAGUGGUGGUUUUAUUUUGUACAAAUUAACGGCCUUGGGACAUUCUGUUGUAGAGAGCCAGAGAUGUCUGACGCUGGCUCAGACGAGGAGUUGGAGCUUCCCGCACGGAUGGAGGAGGGGAGUCACAACGGGAGUAUCAGAAAGGGUUGUGAUCCGUGUUCCCAGACCCAGCGCAGUAAGCUGCAGCACCGUAGGGCUCGUAUCAACCAGCAGAUCAACAAGGAGAUGAGGAUGAGGGCCGGGGCUGAAAACCUCUUCAGAGCCACCACUAACAACAAGGUAAAGGAGACUGUGGCUCUAGAGCUGAGCUUUGUCAACUCUAACCUGCAGCUACUGAAGGAAGAGCUAGAGGAACUCAACAGCAAUAUGGAGGUCUACCAGACCGAGAGUGAAGCCAUCAAUGUUCCCAUGAUCCCACUGGGUCUGAAGGAGACCAAGGAAGUGGACCUCACUGUCCCUCUCAAGGACGUUAUCUGUGAGCACUAUGGGGAGGACAGCUCUUUGUUUGAGAAGGAGAUCAAGGAGUUUAUGGAGCUCAGACAGGCCAUGCGUACCCCCAGUCGUAAUGAAGCUGGUUUGGAGCUUCUGAUGGAGUAUUAUAACCAGCUGUACUACCUGGACCAGAGGUUCUUCCCCCCACACAGAACACUAGGAGUCCACUUCCACUGGUAUGAUUCUCUAACAGGUGUGCCGUCGUGCCAGCGUGCGUUGGCGUUUGAGAAGGGCAGUGUGCUGUUCAACGUGGGGGCUCUCUACACACAGAUAGGAGCCAGACAGGACCGCUCUGCUACAGCUGGCAUAGACCGGGCUAUAGACGCCUUCCAGAGAGCUGCAGGUGCAUUUAACUACCUGAAGGAGAACUUCUCCAACGCUCCCAGUCUGGAUAUGAGUGGCCCGUCACUAUGCAUGCUGGUCCGCCUGAUGAUUGCCCAGGUGCAGGAGUGUGUGUUCGAAAGAGUCACACUCACAACUCCGGACACGCACUUCGUCACCCAGCUACAAGUGGCAAAGGAGGCCGCACGGGUAUCUGAUGUGUAUAGCUUGGUACUCCAGACCAUGUCUCAGACCCUUGUGAAGGACUAUGUCCCGUUCUCCUGGGCCUCCAUGGUUCAAGUGAAAGCAGAACACUUUAGAGCCCUCUCUCACUACAAUGCUGCUGUCGCUCUCUGUGACCACACCCGGGGUGACGAAGAGUCAGCGACGGCUCUCUUCCAGUUCCAUGUCAGUACUCCUGCUGGACCCCCACUCAGUCAGGUGCUCAGAGACCCUGAGGACAGACGCAAACUGGGGAAGGCCCACCUGCGUUGUGCAGUGAUCAGACAUGAGGAGGCUAUGAGAGUACAUGGUCUAUGUAAGAUCCUGAGGAAGAUGGAUAUUCUACAGGAGGUGCUCUCUUUCAUGUACAAACGCUCCCUGGACAAAUACUCUGAGAUGGACCGAGAGGACGACUUUGACGAGACCGCAGAGGCCCCCGAGAUACACUCUCAAACCCAGCACAAACCAGACAUCACACCACCCAACUUCUCCACUGUCCCAGUCACUGACAUCUUCCAAAGGCUGGGUCCCCUGUCAGUGUUCUGUGCGAGGGCACGCUGGGGGCCGGUGCGUGUGGUGAGUCUCCAGCGAGGGGACGGGGGUUUGGGGCUGACUCUUAGAGGAGACUCUCCUGUCCUUGUGGCUGGGGUGGUGCCGGGGGGAUGUGCCCAGGAGGCAGGUUUGAGGGAGGGGGACUAUAUAGUGGCGGUGGAUGGAGAGGACUUUAAGUGGGCUAAACAUGGAGAGGUGGUCCACAUCCUGAAGAGCUGCAGCGACAGAGGCAUACAACUCAGCAUCAUCACACUGCACACACACCAUACACAGGUGGAUAGGAGGCAAGUGAUGCUCUCCCCCAGUGGAGACGAAGCAAACGCUCUGCAACGGACCAUGGGCAGAGCUAAGGGGCAGAGCACCGCCCCCUUACUCAACUGGAACAGGAAGAAGAAUGGGGGAGGAGGCAGAGCCACCAAGAGACUGGGCAGCACCUUCAGUCUGCCGUUUGGAAACCUUCGGGACAGUGAGUCCAUGUACUGA